AUGUCCGCCGAAAAUGAUGCCAACACCUCCCCCGACCAGCAGGAGGCGGCUCCUAGCGAGCACCUCAACAUAAAAGUUACCGACAACAACAACGAGGUUUUCUUCAAGAUCAAGCGGAGCACCAAGCUCGAAAAGCUCAUGAACGCUUUCUGCGAACGGCAGGGCAAAAACAUCAACUCGGUUCGCUUCCUCUUCGAGGGCGCGCGUGUCCAACCUACAGACACGCCCGACACUCUUGAAAUGCAAGACGGGGACACGCUAGAGGUCCAUCAAGAGCAAGUCGGUGGAGGCCGCUUGACCACGUUGUAG